AUGCACUCCACUCAACUUCUGAGGGCUCUUGCGGUGGCCCUGACGGCCUUUACCACCGCGCAGGCCAGUGUGCCUGAUGUCCACGUCCAGGGCGGUUUGGAUCAUCAGCUUGCCAAGAGACAGUCUAGCGGCUCUGGGUCAGCGUCCGCUCCUCCGUCGACCUCGCCAACCACAAGCCCCAGGACGACGACGCCGCCGCCGACGACGACUCCUCCGAACUCGCCAACUACUCCUCCCCAGACCACAAGCACAACGCCGCCGCCUCCUCCCCCGGCGUCGACUUCCGGCAAUAACAACAACAAUAACUCGCCGCCGCCCUCGACGACGCCCAGGACGACACCUCCGCAGACAACGCCUCCCCCGACGGAUAGGGGCCAGGAUACCACCUCGACCCCUGGGACUACGAUCACGUCGAGGGGGACGAGGACCACCGUCGUAGUCGUGGAUGGGAGUUCCUCGACGAUGAUUAGCGAGUUCACGACGACAUCCACGUCUGCAGGAUCACUGGCUGGUGGUGGCAACGGAAACAACCAGCAACAGGCAGGCAUGAGCGAGGACCAGAAGAAGACCAUCAUCGGUGUCGUUUGUGGCAUCGGUGGUGCCAUUGUGCUGGCUGUCGUUGGUAUCGUCGCUUGGAGGGUCUGGGGUCGCAAGAGGAACCAGGAGGAGGCCGAGGGUGCUUUCGGUCCCAGCUACAGCCCUGCCGAGAAGCCCGACCAGCAGCAGCCCAGCUCGCAGAGCAGCCGCACGCCGUUCCAAAGCACUCUGGAAAGCUACCACGCGCCCACCCAAGUCAACACGGCGUCGAAUUUCUAA